AUGGUGUCUAAAGUUCAAAAAGCGAGUCAGAAGGUGAGUAGCUCGAUGGUUAUUUGCAGUCUAUGUGGAAAAAAAGUACGAGAUCAGCACUCUCUAAGUCUUCACAGAUUGGCUAAUCAUUCCGAUGAAUUUUGGGAGUGUUCAAAGUGUGAUGAGACCUUCAAAAUCAAGCAAGAUCUUUACAAGCACAUCCACGAAGUGCAUGAAGAGCCCAAGCCAAAGUGCGAAGAGUGUAACAAAAGCUACCUUGACGAGAAGUCAUACAAAUUACACAUGAAGAAAUUCCACGGUACUUUUCCAUGCUCCUACCCUAAGUGCCAUUACAAACUGGAUACUUUGGAAAGUCUGAACAAGCAUUUGGAGAAGCAUCAGAAUUUACCCGAAUAUACGUGCACAAUAUGUGGAUGCGAGCACCGUUCGAAGAGAGGUCUCAAGGUACACAUGGAGACUAUUCACGAGGAUAACAGCUGCAGAUGCCUUGUAGAAGGUUGUGAUGCAGUGUACGAACAUCCAUGGGCUUUGAGAGCACAUAUGACUUCAUUCCAUGAGGAACAAGCUCAUGCAGACACUACUUGCAAAAUCUGUGGUCAUUGCUCCAAAGGUAACAAAGCCAAUUUCGCUAGACAUAUGAAUACAGUUCACUGGUUGGAGCAGUUCAAAGCUGAGUUUGGAAAGGCACGCCAAGAUGGAGAAAACGAAGAGGAUCUUGAACAUCUCGCUGCUCCCACAAAGCUUUCCACCUGCUCUGGGCCCGUUGUCUACGGAGGUCGCUCAUGA